AUGGGGAGCAGCCAGGAGCCUGGGAUGGAGGGCUGGAGAAAAGGCGGCGGCGGCGGCGGAAAGUCCAGCGGCAGCAAGACAGGAGGAACAGGAGCAGGAGGAACCAGCGGGUCAUCAAUAGGAGGUGACAUCGGCACCAUAAUCUACAUCGUAAUUUUUGUUACGAUAUUUGUCGUUGGUAGCGUCUACAUGUACUACAAGAGGAUCUACUUGCCAUCUCGGCGUGCGAGUCAGCAGGUCACUGACGACGGCAUCCCUGUCGCGUAUCCCGAUGUCAACGGGGAGGAUCAGAGCGUGCCUGCCAACGUAUUCGAGCUGAAUCCGCAGCAAGCUCACGCCUACAUCGGCCUAGACCCUCCUAACAAGACCUGA